AUGACUGUCUUCAAGGAUUCCACGGCCUGCAAACAACGCGAUCCACAAGGCAAACAACACGAGCUAGGAACCAAUAAGGCCGGUAGCUUCCGUGGAUCUACAGGUGAAUAUCAUGCCUCCGAGGAUCCGUACGCCUUCGCGGGAGCCGCCCCACUGCCCAAGACUGCAUACUACACAGUGCAUGCAGAAAUCCAGGUGCUACCCCACAAAUACUAG